CUCCCGAAACAAAAACAACAGCAGCCAAUACAAGCACAGCUGCCGAGUCAACAACCAUAGCUGCCGAAACAAUAACAACUUCCAUAACAGCAACUACAUUUGCUGAAACAACAACCUCAGCAUCCGAAACAGCAACUACAGCUCCUAAAACAACAACCGCAGUGGCCAAAACAAUAAUCACAGCUUCUGAGACUACAAGUACAGUGGCUGAGACUACAAUAACACGUGCCAGAAUCACAACCACAGCAGUCUCUCCAACCACAGUAGCUGACUCAACAACCACAGUGACCAAGAUAACGACCAUAGGGGUCGAGACAACAACCAAAGCAGGUGAAACAGCAACCACCGCACCGACACCGACCACACACGUUCCUGCAACAACUACAGCUACUCUAACAUCAUCAACAUCUUCAGCAGCAACAACCAGAGCUACUACAAAGAGAUACGUCAUCUUCAGAUCCCUUCAGAGCAGUUUUACAGAGGACUUGUUGAAUCAAUCAUCUGCAGCCUUCAACAGUCGAUCUUCUUCAAUAAAGGAACAGAUUGAACCUGCUUACAGGCUUGCGUUCCCUUCUGUCUUUGUCUCUCUGGCCGUGGUGGCGUUCAGGCAGGGAUCAGUCAUCAACACCAUGGAACUCCUGUUUUUAAACACAUCCGUUCCUAAUGACACUCAGAUCAAGGAUGUUUUGAUUAGUAUGACUUUAAAAGUCAAGGGCUUUGACAUAGAAAAUUCAACCAUUUCAGUCAGUGACACAUUUGCAGCAACAACUACCACAGUUACCCCAUCAACAACCACACCAGCAAAAACAGCCAUCACACCUGCAGGAACAAAUACCACAGCAGCUCCAACCACUAUGACAACUGAGAAAACAACUACUGCACCUGUUCAAGUUUUUCUGUUUUUACAGUUCUUUGAACCAUAUGUACCUGAACUCAAUGACCCCAGCAGCAGUGUGUACAAAGAUCGCGAAAGACGGGUUAAAGAGACGUGUGAUAGAGUAUACCACCCAAAAUUUCCUUACUACAUUGGUGCCAUUGUGAUUAAGUUCAGUAUUGUUACAGUCCAAACACGAGUGGAUAGAACUGAGGCAAAGGUGGAGCUUGUGUUCAAUCAAACAGCUCCCAAUGCAAAAGUCCCAGAGAACAAUGUCAUUGUUCAAACUUUAAAAGAUGCUAUUCAGAAUUCCAGCAUCAAUUUCACCAUCAUCAUAUUUCCUGAAACAGUAUCAGUAACCUCUGUUCCUGUCAAUGUCACGACUGCUGCACCAGCAACUACCAAUUCCACGAGUGCUGCACCAGCAACUACCAAUUCCACGACUGCUGCACCAACAACUACCAAUUCCAUGACUGCUGCACCAACAACUGCCAGCUCCACUAUGGUUGCAAAUACAGCUUCCCUACCUGCAACUGCUGUAUCUACUGCAUCAACUGCAACUUCGAGUGGUGCACCUCACAAGAUUAGUCCCAGCACUGCUUUCAUCUUGGUGCUGUUGUUAUGGCUUCUACCAAGUCAGCAAUAG